GAGCUUCCUCCACUCCGCGCGCCAAACGUCCCGGUAGCAAACACUCUAACUCACGCUUACCAUUGCGAGAGUGUGCCACAACGGUUAUCUCUGUUGCUCUCGUGCAGUCGCGCCUGUGCCCUGCCCGUUACAAUCGUGCGCGGAUCGUAAGGCGGUUACUCGCGGUGUCCGAGAUUGUGCCGCAGACUGAUAUCCCGCGUCAGACUCUAUCCGGACGACGCCCGACCAGCUCGUCUUUUCGGCCGCCGUGUCUCUCGUGUGAGUGUGAGGCACCGUCUUAGCAGGACCGUCUCGCUGCCAAGCUGCCAGCUUAAACGCCACUCACUGCAGCACUGCCGAUCGCAACCGUCAGCACACUUUGGCUCGCUGUGCUGUGGCGCACACAACUUGGCCCUAUUGCACGCCUCCAUCCGCUGGCCACCGUCGCGGCCCAGGCCCAGGGUGGGCGAGUUUUGAUAAAUAAUUUGCUCCUCCAGUCCAUCGUAAUGAAUUUAAUUUGUUACUUACUUAUUUAAUUAAUAAAGCCUAAUUAAUAAGCGUGAGAAGUGUGCUGCUCGGCCCGACGCGACGCGUCUAAGGGUGUAUACAGGGUGGGGAGGAGUAACUGUUUGUGAUCGAAGCCCACAUUCCAGUGCCGUACGUGCGUGUGAUUUUUGUGAGUGUGUGUGUUUAUGUGUGUGUGUUUGUGCAUGUGUCUAUGUUUAUGCAUCUGCAGUGUGUCGAGCUUUUGCUACGAAUUAACCACCCUGAAGUGAUUUUGUUUUCAACUUUCUCGAUUAGUUCCUUGUUUGUUUACGUUAUUGUGCAACUCGCAGGAGAAAAGAGGUGUCACAGGUGUUACUUUCAAAGUAUGUGCGUGUGGUUUUAUGCAGCAUAUCGACACUGUGAUACAGAUGCUCUGGUGGGAUAGUGAUGUAAUCCAAACGACUUUAUUUACCAGUACUUUUAGCAGUUUUUUUAUCAAUUCGUUUCAUCCCUUCAGCGUAAUUUGAACGAAUGUUCGUCAACAACAAAAACAAAUUAUUAAUAGCAGAUUUUUGCUGUGAAUAGAAUGUGACAACCCAAUGGCUGAGCUUAAUGUGCAACCCAAGUAUACGAUACGACAAAACCAAGCCCUUACUCAUAGUGGAUAAAAACGGACAAGGAUAGCAGUGGUGCUUUUAUCUUAAAGAACACAAAAACAGCUCCAAAACAGGAUGUGUGCAACAGUCGGUGACCAUUGUUCUUUCGUAUGCUAGACAACAACACUUCCGCUUCGCAAGAACACAAUCGGUCAAACUGUCGGCGCUAUCGAUUCGCAACUUCUCAGCAAAUAUGCUGAACAAUCUCAACGCAGCCGGAUUGGGUGUUUACCAUUUCUACCCACCCGCAGGUCCGAAGGAAUGUGAUCUGCCGAAAUCGGGCCUAACAUCCCUGCACGGUGCGACCGGAUUCGGCCAGGUGCCCAAUUCCGGCACCGCCGACAGCAACGGCAACCGGUUGCACGUUAACAGUGGCGCCGGUGGCAACACUGGCACUGGGGGCGGCACGGGCGGUACAGGUGGUGGCAACGGUGCUGGCUCGCUGUGUGAGCCGCACAACAUACACCAGGAUCAGAAUGCUGACAAACAUGGCGCAAAACAGAAACGGCACCGAACACGCUUCACACCGGCGCAGCUGAACGAGCUGGAGCGCUGCUUCUCCAAGACGCACUACCCGGACAUCUUCAUGCGUGAGGAGAUCGCCAUGCGGAUCGGUCUCACCGAGUCGCGAGUGCAGGUUUGGUUCCAGAACAGGCGUGCCAAGUGGAAAAAGCGAAAGAAGACCACCAACGUUUUCCGUACACCGGGCGCACUAUUACCUUCGCACGGAUUACCCCCGUUCGGGGCCAACAUAACCAACAUAGCCAUGAGCGAAAGCUUAUGCGGCACGUCAAUGUUCGGGGGCGAUCGAUGGGGCGUUGGUGUCAAUCCGAUGACCGCCGGAUUCGGUCAGCUGAACCAAUCGUCCUCGCUAUCCUCCACGCUCAACACGGGGCUUAACUCGGGCAUCAACAUAUCCUCGGCUAUGGGGGCCGGCGGGUAUCAUAACUAUGGACUGAAUGCGUUAGGUGAUACGAUGAUGUACCAACAUUCGGUUGGCGGUGUAGGCUGCACGGGAGGCUCACCCACGUCCACCCCGCCCAACAUAAAUGCUUGCUCACCAUCCACACCACCGCUAACGAAUAGUGGCCAGCAGCCGAAUCAGCCUCAGCAGCAGCAACCGCAUCAGCAACAGCAGCAACAGCAGCAGCAGCAGCAACAGCAACAGCAAGGUGCCAGUCAGAACGAUGCGUCGGCCAAUGGUGAAAUGUCUGGCCCCAAUCAGCACGGUAUCGGCAACUGUCAGAGCUUGUCGGCCGGUACCCCUGACGGAGAUGAGGACGUUUGGCGAGGUCACAGCAUAGCAGCCCUCCGACGCAGGGCGUCCGAAUUGAAUCAAACCAUGCCCUCCUACUUGCAUGCGCACAAUUAUGAUCACCACAAUUCGGUGUAUUGACUGCAGCUAUUUAAGUGAGCUCGCCAAUUGUGCAGCUUUUAAGGUGAAAGCGGCAACCAGUAGCAGUACGGGCAACUAGCAAAAAUGGUGCAACGUAGCAACGGACACGCAUCGAAUGCCGGAGCAGUAUUACGGACCCAGAGUAGGGAUCCCGGCCGAAUCUCCGUGUGAAGCAGAGAUGCAAGAUCGUCGGUGUGUCAACGUUUACUUUUAUUUCCUUAUUUUGUUUUUUUUUUUAAUUCCAUUCCUUCUGUUGUAAUAGUCUGUUACGUUUGUCUCUAAGAUAGUUGAUCCCACUGUUUAUUUUCUACCGUCAAGGGAUUUCUGGUAGCAGGAUGGAAAUCCGUUGUACUUGUAAAUCAAAUUUAAUGUAAAUUUUAGUAUCAUAGCACCGAGUAGCGAGAAAUGAUCAGGCAAUUAUUUGAAGAAUCUUAUAGGAUAGACGAACGCAGGAAAAAUAGUCUUACCGAUGCUUACGGGAGUAUCAAUCUGUGUGUGUGUGUGUGAGAGAGAUUGCAUACUUAGCUGAUCGAUAUUCGCCCAACAACAGAGAGAAACAACACACAAUUCAAAUUACAAUGAAAAUGUAACUUAUUUACAUACUAAAGCAAAGAAGGCCAGCAGUGGAAGUGACCCCUUAUUAGACAGACCCACUAUUGCAUUAAUGCACACACAUACACACCUCCCUAGUGAUCAAGUAAACUAUCGAGCCUAAAGAAAGAAAAACAAGAAACAACAUCAACAACUGUAAACCAAUGUAUACGAAAACUCUGCAUACUAAAAGCAUUAAGAAGCGUGUUGGAAAAAAGGAACAUAAUUAAAAAAAAAACAGGAACUACGAAACCACGGAUAGAGAGUGCUGCGGAACACAUGGAAAAUGGAAACAAAUUUCCAACAUUUCAAGAGACUUGAAAACAAGUAUACGAUUACACGAUAUACGAUUAUAAGAAACAUUGCGUAAGGGUAGAAAUGCAUGCAAAGUGCAGAGAAAUUAUAUUAUGAAAAAUCUAUAUAUAUAAAACCCUCUAUAUACAUACACAAACACACACACACAUACACUUAAUCGGAACGGAAAACGAAUGCCUCGAUCGCGACGAUCUGCUGCGCUGAGAUAUGCUAGAAGAGAAAUAAAAAUAGUCACACAUCCACAUAUUGCUUUAAACAAACCAUUCUAGUGCGCAAACCAACAUAGGAAGACCCGUAUGCAACGAAUCUGAAAUGUAACACAGCUUAUUGUAAAUAAUCGCUACUUCGUUAUGGUUAUUUCAUCGAUUAUUGCGUUUUGCGAAUUGCAUCGGCAGCACAAACCAUUCCAUGUGCUUGAAGGCGCUACAAACCGCAUUACGGAAAGGCAUUUCUACCUAAGGUAAUGUGUAUAAUGUAUUGUACUUUGUUGUAGUUCAGCUAGAAAUCUGUAGUUCAGCUAAAACAUUAUCUACAACACUGUGUAUAUGCUCUAUCUUCCUUCGAAAUUAUGUUUGCGUAAAUUCAUCAUUAGCAUUCGAGCAUUCGUAACGACAGCAAGAAAUCUGUGUUACAGUUCAGAUUACUGAAUAAUUGUACGUUCAUCAACAACAACAGCAUUAACAAUAGUAGCAGCAGCAGAAGUAUCAGCAACAGCAGCCGCAGGAUCGAUGCCAAAAGGGUCAGAAAAUAUGUAUGUUAGUAAAAGUAACUAUAGUAUUGAUAUCGAAUAAAAAGAAACAUUCAUUUGAUUCAAUCUAA